AUGAGUUGCGUGUAUGGAGUCUCCCGGAAAGCCGGAAAGCCUCCGCGAAAGAGGCAAUCUGAUGCUUCGCCGCUUGCGAACACCAUUCCGAAUCCCCUUCCAUCACGUUCCAGUGACCCCGAAGCUGCCAAUGUCGAAAUGGCCGCCGGCGGCGGUGGCCGUGAAGCCAUGAACAUCGAUAUCAUGUUCAGCCUCGGGGAAGACACUAUGGGUAACGAGUCGCCAUUGUCCGGAUCAGACGCCGCCUUGCAAACCUGGUUCCCUUUCGACACUUUCUCUGGCCUGGGUUCACUUCCGGGCAGCUCGUCUGAUUGGGACACAUGUAUGAGUGUGCUGAACGGUUCGCCACUGAAGCAGGUUGAAAGCCCGGCAACCACAACAUCGACAUCAACGUCAGCCGCAGCAGCAGCUACUACACGUCACAGCUGCACCCAGCAGACCAAAGAGGUCAUGCGGCGGCUGUACUGUGCCAACCCUUCAGAGCCCAUCUCUGACGGCCUGCCAGCCCGUACACUGGACCUGGGUUCAGUCCUGACGCGUAGUAGUGAAGUUUUCGGGCCCCUUGAGUCACUUCUCAGGUGCCCGUGUGCACGCUCUCCACAUAUGGCUAUGCUUUACGCUUCCAUACUGUCACGAAUUCUCCUGUGGUACAGACAGGCUGCCUGGAAUGAGAGCUCUACACAGGUGUCACCAUCUCCAUCGUUGUUCGAGCCCACGCUGACGGGGCAAGGUACAACACCAUCAUUCUUUGGUAGCACCUCUCUCAAGGCAUUUGACUCGGAAACCACUGAAGAUGAAGGUGGCGUCUCAGUGCUUCCAAUGCCCGUCAUGGUCGGGAACUUCCAGAGCGAUGAUCAAAACCUGCAGACUGCCUUCACAAGCUGUCUCAUUCUGAAGGAGCUGGGCAGAGUGGGAAGGCUGAUCGAGACGUUGAUAUCACUUGGCUCGGGUUCGGCCGAUUCACAAACCAUGGACCAUGCUUGCCCUGCUGCUGGUGAUCCCAGCGCCGGCGUGGCGGAUGCAAGCUUGUUUGCAAGUCUAGGUGCCUGGCUUCGGACUGAGCAUGGGCACAUAGUGAGGAAAGCAAGGUCAGGUAUAUCCAUGCUGGAUGGGAAUCCUCGAUUCUGA